CGUAUUCUAUGGUCAAAAGCCCGGGCUUCGUAAAGUUAGGUCGCAAAAAUCAAAUUUUCCUGCAUGAAUAUCUUUUGGAGGAUUCGUAAAAUAGUUUUUCGUGAUUUUUAUCAAGAUGUCUCAUCAUAGCUUGAAAUCCACAAGUCACGGUUACUGUGAAGCUAUUUUUUCAACUUCCCCGAGAAAUUCUAACAAGGAAAAUGCCGUUCCCGCGUUAAAAGACAAGAGAAAUUUGCAUUCGUCCUUAUCUAACGAACUAUCUGCUCCGGUCAAAAAUCAGAGUGCAAACAAAAAAGUGCAAUGUCCUGGACAGAAGGCUUUGUCGAAACAGGAAGUAACGGAGGCCACAGAUAAAUUACAUGAUACAGAAGUGUCAUGUCCCAAAUCUACAAGUGUAAAGCAAGACACAAUUGUGAAACAAGAAAAAUCAGUUUGUAAUAAUGUUAUGUCCACCGAAAAGUUGAAGACUCCAAUCAGGACAAAAUUUGUGAAUAGCUCGUCCAAUGACAAACCGAUGAGUGUACAGUUCUGUACGCCCAAGCAUUCGAAAACGACAAAUACGCUUAGCGCUAAUACAAAAUUCAACAUUUUGCCUGCCGCAAGGACGCCUGUAAAACGUUACUUCAGUGACCAUACUUUAACACAAAGCACACCUGAUUGUUUCAACGCCGUUCACUUGGAAACUCCUCACAAGACUGAUGAUGUAAUGGUCGGGGAACAAACAAUAUACGAAGGGGAAACUAGUAAUCUCACUGUCGGAAUACGCAUUAGGCCCUUAAGUUCCAAAGAACUGAAUGAUCCAAAAGUCACAUCGGUCGUGCAAGGGAGCGGUCAAAACGUUACGGUGGAGUGCGAGGCAGCACUUCACACCUUCAUGUACGACCAUUGCUUCGUCUCGCAUGACGACCCAUCCACACCUGGUCAUGCCAGCCAAGAGGUCGUUUUUCUUAACAUGGUGCUGCCGUUGGUGCACAAUGCGUUUGAGGGAUAUAACGUCUGCUUGUUCGCGUAUGGACAGACAGGGUCCGGGAAAAGUUACAGUCUAAUGGGCACAGAGCCUGCGCAAUUAGGUGCGGUACCGUUCGACGAAAGGGUCGGUAUCACACCGAGAUUUUGCCAGGAGAUAUUUACGCAAGCGCGUAACAAUCAGCAGAUUGAGACCACUGUGGAGAUCAGCUAUUUCGAGAUCUACAACGAGAAGAUACACGAUCUCUUGGCAAGUAUGAGCAAUGGAUCGAAGAAGGCGCCUCUCAAAGUAAGAGAGCAUCCCGUCUUCGGUCCUUAUGUCGUAGACCUGAGCCAGCACUGUGUGCAAAACUACAAAGACUUACAGGCUUGGUUGAAAGUAGGAAACUCCCAGAGAGCGACGGCUGCGACUGGCAUGAACGAGAAGAGCUCGCGAUCCCACAGCAUUUUCAGUAUUAUACUAACUCAAGCACACUCGGGCGACCGAUUGGACUGCAAGUCGCUCGACGCCAAUCGCCGUAGCAAAAUUAAUCUAGUCGACUUAGCUGGUAGCGAGAGAUUGAGUCAGACUUCCGCCACCGGCGAGAGAUUAAGGGAAGGUGUAUCCAUCAAUAAAUCGUUGCUGACGUUGGGGAAGGUGAUCGCGUCGCUCACAGAGAACACGAGCAAUCGUAAGCAAGGUUUCGUGCCAUAUCGCGAAUCGGUGUUGACUUGGCUACUAAAGGAAAGUUUGGGAGGAAAUUCACGGACAGCGAUGUUAGGCACAGUAUCGCCGGCUAAUAUUCACGUGGAGGAGACUCUGGCGACUCUUCGAUACGCGUGCCAAGCUAGAGCUAUAGUCAAUCGAAUUCGUAUCAACGAGGAUCCGCAUGACCGACUAAUUCGCGAAUUAAAGGCUGAAGUUCUACGUUUACGUGGGGUGCGUGAGGGAUAUGAGAAACAACUUGGAGUCAUACCCCGUCGCUUGCUUGAUUGCAUCGAGCCGAUGCAUCAGUCCGAUGGCGAAGUCAAGCGAAAGCAAAAAGAAAUCGAUAAACUAAAGGACCAAUUGAGAAAAACGGAGGAGCAACUGGCUGCCACUCAGAUGGGCUGGCGUGAGAAGCUGCGGAUAGCCGAGGAAAGGAAAAGCUCGGAGCUGAAAUACUUGCGUCGUUGCGGGAUUGCCAUCGAGAUUGAUUUCCAUGAGAAAGAUAAACAACCAUGUCUCGUAAAUCUCGCGGCCGAUUCUAUGUUGUCCGGUACGCUUCUCUAUCUCAUACCUCCAGGUUUAGUUCGUGUCGGGAAAGCUAGCAGGCCCGAAGCCACCUCCAAAAGGCUGGAUAUCAUGUUGGACGGACCUCUCGUUAGGGAACUACACUGUUCCAUUGAAAAUAACGGAGGUAAAUUGAUCUUAACGCCCGAAAUGGAUGGGGACACGUACGUGAAUGGCCAAAUAGUAACCGGGAAAAUUGUGCUGAGAAAUGGCGAUCGUUUAGUCAUCGGCGGCAAUCAUUAUUUUAAAGUGCUGAACCCGUACGACGAGUCGCCGUGCAACGUCAAACUCUCGACGCAAACGAUAGACUUUGAAUUUGCACAUCAAGAGAUUCUCAGGAUCCAAGAGGAAAAAUUAAAAGCAGAGCUGGAGGAGUCGAAGCAGAAAGCGAUGAAGGAAUUGGAAAGCGCGAGACGCGAGGCGGAAUUGCAACUCAGUUCGCAAAAGUCGACGUACGAGCGUAAGAUCGAAGUUCUCGGCUCGACCGUGGAAGAACAAAAGUAUGCACUCGAGCAGAUCAAUCGCAGGAGGCAGGAGUUGGAGCUGGAGAAAGAGUUGCUCGCUACCGAGGUGGAAACUAACAAUAAGAUUAAAAAGAUACAGUCGGAAGAAAAUUACGCUAAAUUGACGCCGUACAAGUCGAAUUUCCUACAAGAGCUCGAGAAUAUCCUGAACGAAAAAACUGCGGACGUCGAAAGCGCGCUGAAGAGCAAACUCACCGAGAAAACGAUAACCACUGGCGGAAUCAGUCUGCAUGAGAUGCAGAUACUCGUCAAGGAAGCGACUCAACGAUGCAAAGAAGCCGGAUUUCAUUACGAAUUCGACCAACAGCAAAUAAUAGUAAAAAAGAAUCUGCAACCCGUAAUCCGCAUUCGCGAUAAAACGUGUACGAUGGAAACGUUGUGGCAACCGAUGGACUUCCUGGACUGGAUGGAUCGCUUGAGAAACGGCGACGUCGAGGAAGCGGUGAAGGAGCUGCGAGAUAUCGAUUACGAUUGGGAACCUUACGACGAGACGAAGGUGUUCCAAGACUCGCUGAACAGCAGUCGGAUCUCGAUAAACAUGACACCGGUAAAGAAGCAGCUGAACGAGAGCGUCCAUCAGUUCCCCAUGGACACGUCGAUGUUGGAAGUAACGCUGGGCGAUCAAACCCUCAUGAUGAUGCAAGAUCAGCAGGACGAUGUGAACGCGUGCAUCACGCAGAUCGAAGUCGCCACGAAAACGUUGAACAAGCUGUGCCAUCGGUAUCAACAUCACGAUACGAAAUCGAUCGUGGAGUCGCUGGCCAAGAUGCAGAACAUCAUCGAAACUUUGAGAAAUACAUUGCAGAGUAAAAACUCGAGCGACUGCAAGGACGCGAGCUCGAUAAGUUCGAUAAGCAGCUCUAACAACACCGUUAUCGAAGUGACAAACGACAUAAGGAAUCUCUCGCUGAACGAGAACACAAAAGAGUGCACGGAAAAAGAUAUCAAACCGAUAGGCAUCGCCAGCAGUAGCGAUGCAGAUAAACCACCACCAACAACAACAAUGACAACAACGACAAAGGAAGAUGGUAUUAAAAAAAGUCCGAGUCACAGCUCGGCGUCGCCGAAAAAAUCUAACAUGCGAAGUAACGUCACGUUAGAUGCGAAAACCGCUCACAAGAACGUGAGGUUUAUUGAUAAAAAAUGAAAAAGCAUGAUGAAAAAGAAAAUAAUUAUCUUGAAGUCAUUAUUUUUAAAUAAACGCACGUUGUCGCCCAGGCAAAAAUAUGUCGUGAAAGAGAAACGUGAAAUUAUUAAUAAUAUUCUAAUAAUAACGAUAAUUAUGGCAUAUCGUACAAAUACAAAUUUAAAUUUACGAAGCACUCCGUAUAUUAAUUUUUAUAUCUUAACAUUCCUUAAAAUAUGUUUUUAGACAGUACGAAAAGAAAAAAGUUUUAUCUCUUAUCAUUUAAUCAUUAGUCUAAUAUUGCUUGUAUUAAGAUUACUUUCAUUGCAAUCUAAUUAAGAGGCUUACAUCGUAACAGCAAAGUAUUAUUUAUAACAAGGAAUUUUAUCCGUAAUAUAUUUUAAGAGAUUAUGUUAGAUUAAAUAUUAAUAUAUUAUGCGAAUUGUAUAUUUUGUGUAUGUAAACGUGGUUUAUAACGUUACGUCGUUAGCUAUUAAUUGCGUACGCGCGAGUCAUCAAAUUUCGAAUUAUUAAAUUUAACAUCUAUUUUGUGUUUAACGGAAAAUCUAAUUCGCUCCCCGCGGAAAUUAAAUUGCGACACUUAAGACUGUAAAUAAAAACUGCGAGGAUUUUGUAACGAUCGUAAGAUCCGUGUUCAAGCCGUGAUAACAAAUCUCAAAUAUGAGCCAAAUAAAAGCGACAUAUAGGUAUUGGACUUACAACGACGAUAAAUUCAAUAAAGCAAAGGAUUUAACGAA